AAAACACAACCACUUUUCCACAAAAUUACAUUUAUUUAGUUUUGUAUCAUCUUAGGAACAACUCUUCUCAAAAUGGCUGCUUCUUCUUGUAUGCUACUAAUUCUAAUUCUCACCAUUUCUUGCACUCAUCACAACUCUAGUCUUUUUGCCAAUGGAGACAUCAACUUGAUCCAAAAAACUUGUAAAACCACCAAAUUUUACGACCUAUGCAUUUCGUCUCUCCAAUCUGACUCAACUAGUCCACAAGCCGAUACAAAAGGGCUCGCGAUUAUAUUGGCCAAGUACGCAUUGGCCAAUGCAACAAACACCAACUCAUAUUUGUCAUCAUCAAAUAUCGUUCUUGUCAAAAACACUACUACAAAUGACACUUUAACAAAAAAGGUACUAAAACAAUGUGCCGAUAGAUAUUUGGCUUCGGGUACCUCAUUACAAAAUGCGAUCCAAGACUUAAACUCGGAGUUGUAUGAUUAUGCUUAUAUUCAUGUCAUGGCGGCUUCCGACUACGCAAAUGCUUGUCAUAAUGCAUUUAAAAAGUAUCCGAGUUUGGUUUAUCCAACCGAAAUCGCGGCUAGAGAAGAUGGUUUGAAGCAUAUUUGUGAUGUUGUAAUGGCAAUUAUAGAUAGUCUUGUUUAUAAUUAACAUCAAUGUCAUGUAUUAGAUAUAUGAUUUUUGUGUGAUUUUUUCUUUUAUGUGUAUACAAAUUGUAUUUCAUUUCAUGUUUUAA